UAUACAAGUAUUAUUGAUAGAAGUUUAGAGAGAGAAAGAGAAACAGUGUGUUCUGUGAAGAAACAAAGGAUUAUGGGCGGUGAGAUGCGCUGAAAAUUCACAUUUUUCUCCCCACUCUCUAUAUAAAUCGUGUAUCUAUAGAUAGAGAGAGAAAUUUUGCAUCCUUGUGUCCACUAAUCGAUAUUGCAUUUAUAUACUCUGAAUCUGAAUCAAACGUAAUUAAUGAAGCUGCUGCUCUGAUCUUUGUCUUCUUUGGACGGACUCUCCAAUUCAUUAAAUCUACGCCGAUCCGAUCGAUUUUUCUAAUCCUCUUGUGUUCUGAUUUAAUGAAGUGAAAGUAAAGGAGAUUUUGUCUGUCUUUUGUAUUUUAAUUAGCAUUUAUUAGUGGAUAUUUUCGAUAGUACUUUGGGGAGAGAGAGAGGGAAAAUGAACGGAGAUGAUGGUGGAGAGGCAGUGGCUUCUUCGGCUGGUCCUCCGCCUCCGCUCGAGUGGAAAUUUUCUCAGGUCUUUGGCGAGCGCACUGCAGGCGAAGAAGUACAAGAAGUUGAUAUUAUCUCUGCUCUCGAGUUUGAUAAAACUGGUGACCACCUUGCUACUGGUGACCGUGGGGGAAGGGUUGUGUUAUUCGAAAGAACUGAUACGAAAGAGCAUGGUGGAAAUCGAAGAGAUUUAGAGAGAAUGGACUACACGGUUAGUCGACAUCCAGAGUUUCGGUACAAAACUGAAUUUCAAAGCCAUGAACCUGAGUUUGAUUAUCUUAAGAGUCUGGAAAUCGAAGAGAAAAUCAACAAGAUCCGAUGGUGUCAGAUGGCUAAUAAUGCACUUUUUCUCCUGUCCACUAAUGACAAAACCAUUAAGUUUUGGAAGGUCCAAGAGAAGAAAGUCAAGAAAAUCUCUGAGAUGAAUGUGGAUCCUUCCAAAGCUGCAGGAAAUGGUGGUGUUGCAAAUGCGAGUGUUUCUGCUGGUCCUAAUAACAAUCUUGCUAAUGGAAGCUAUCUAGAUCAAUCUUACAAUUGCUUGAGCAAAGACGCAUCCUUUCCCCCCCGCGUCAUUUCGUCACUGCGAUUACCAGUGGUAGUCACAAGCAAUGAAAUCAGUCUUGUCGCAAAAUGUAGGAGAGUGUAUGCUCAUGCGCAUGAUUACCAUAUCAAUUCAAUUUCAAAUAAUAGUGAUGGUGAAACAUUUAUAUCAGCUGAUGAUUUGCGAAUAAAUCUUUGGAACUUGGAAAUAAGUAAUCAAAGUUUCAAUAUCGUUGAUGUUAAGCCAACAAAUAUGGAGGAUCUAACUGAGGUCAUAACGUCAGCAGAGUUUCAUCCUACACACUGUAACACAUUAGCAUACAGCAGUUCAAAAGGAUCAAUUCGUCUAAUCGAUUUGCGGCAAUCUGCCUUGUGUGAUUCCCAUUCAAAAAUAUUUGAGGAACAGGAGGCGCCUGGUUCAAGAUCAUUUUUCACUGAGAUAAUAGCUUCAAUUUCAGAUAUCAAGUUUGCAAAGGAUGGAAGACACAUACUUAGUCGUGAUUACAUGACCCUUAAGUUAUGGGAUGUUAAUAUGGAUUCUGGUCCAGUGGCAACCUUCCAGGUUCAUGAGUAUCUGAGACCCAAGCUCUGUGAUUUGUACGAAAAUGAUUCCAUUUUUGACAAAUUCGAAUGUUGCCUGAGUGGCAAUGGUCAGCGAGUAGCAACUGGUUCUUACAGCAAUUUAUUUCGCGUAUUUGGAUGUGCUGAGGGGAGUACUGAAGCAACUACUCUGGAAGCAAGCAAAAACCCAACGAGGUAUCCUUUAUAAGAUUA